AAGAAAAAUAAUAAUUUAAUUUUAAUUAAUUUGGCGGGUUGUAUUCCAGGGAAAAUUAGGAAUAAGGAUCUGACCGAAACGCUAUGCCUGUUAGUGGCUUUACAAGACUGUAAAAAUUCUAUAAUAUAGUGAAUAUAUAAAUAUAUAAACAAAAUUUUAUGCGCCCUAGCUUCAAAAAGGGAUUUCCAAAAUGUUAGUUUGGUGGCUUCAAGAACUGAUUGUGGUGAGGUUGCUGGGCCUGGCGGUAGAGGGCAGCAGCAGCAGCCUCACACUGGGUUCUCAUUGGCUUGUGCCUUUGACGCUCCCUUCAAAACUAUUUUGUAAACAAUAAUUUGCACGGGAAGAGGAGUGAUGAACUUUACUCCUGCCAGUGGGAUUUUUUAACGUAUGGUAAUCACGAACCUUGUUGUGUUGUAAACACCUGGAGGCUCACCGCUCAUCUAUGAUAGGUUAAGACGCUUACUGCUGAGCUAAGAUACGACAGAAGAUUCACCGCUGAGCUGAGUACCUGUGAACGGUGUGUUUAGGUAAAGAGUUUACCGUGUUGUUCGUGAUCUGUCCGUGUGGUACCCCCGUGACCCGGAUCUCUUGUGUACUUCAGGUAUAUGCUCAAGAUUCAGUCAACACAUCACUAAACCAAGGCCAGGCCACAUGCCUAACAGCGGCAAAGGUCAGGGAGGAGGAGCAUGGGUUCCGGGAAUAACCAUGCCCCCACUGGGAUUCGGUGUGGUGCCUCAGCAGCCUGGUGGCAUGAUGGCAAUGUCGGCACCAGUUGGUGGGCAGCAAGUAGUGCCUCAAGGCUCUCACAUGCCAAAUUGGCAUCAGCAGCAAUUUAUGCCAGCCAAGUCAAUCGCUGUUUCGAGUACCGUAGGUGUCCAGCCCCUUACUCAGCAGCAGCAGCACUUUAACCAGCAGGUGCAGUAUCAGCACCAUCUACAGCAACAGCAGCACCUGCACCAACAGCACUAUCAACAUCAGCAUCAGUGGGUUGAAGCUCAGAAAAAGGCUGUAGAGGAACAGAAGAAAUUGUUUGGCCAAAUGAUGAAACAAAGACAUUUUGAUGAGCAGAAGAUGAGACUGAAGGCAUUUGAUAGUUCAAAAAAAGUUGGUGUGAGUGCAGAUUCUAUGAUUGAGAAUAUACUAGGUACCAAAGAUGCCCCAAAGAUGAGGUCACCCCAACCACUAAAGAAGCAACCUGCAGGUGAUAUUGUGUCAAGUCAAGGAACAGUUACAGCCAAGCAAGGUACACCUGUUGAUUGGUCCAAGAUGAAUAAUAUCAACACUUUAUUUGGUUCCAUCCAGGGUGCAAGUACUCUGCCAGUUGGAUCUGGAGCAGGACAAAUAGCACAACUGCCAUCACAUGGUUCAGACACCAUCUCUGAUGCUUCAUUCUCUGGACCUGUCAUGGACUCUGCUGCACAAAUGAUCUUGGGGAGAUUAGAAAAUUGUCAAGGUGGUCAUCUAAGAUUACCUUCAGGACCUUUGGAAAAUUCUGGCAGCAGUGUAGCAGUUACUAAAAAGGCUGAUAGUAAAUCGGUACAACUUCCAGGAUGGCUGAGUGACAGUAAUUCUAUGCCAGCAGUAUACCAACAGGCAGGAUCACUGGUAGAAGGCAAAGGUGGCUGGGUCGACACAAGUCGAGCAUAUAUGCUUCUGAUGAAAACUGGUCUCCCUCCUCCAUAUUUGGGGGUGCUGUGGGAAAUGGUCAACCUAACUCAACCUGGACAGCUACUCGGUCAAGAAUUUACAGCUCUUCUAGCACUUGUUGCUCUUGUACAGAGUGGCCAAACCAUAACAAAUAGAGAAGUACUCAGCACACUAAGGGAGCCUAUUUUGCCCAUUAUUGACCAUCCAGCCCUCCUUCCCCUUGUCCAAGAUUAUCUUAAGCAAAAACAGCAACAACAAACACAGACAGAAAACAGCAAAGAAAAUGUAGUAUCAGGAGUGGAUCCUUUACUUAACAAUGAACAAACUUCAUCCAUUAGUAAUGACGAUGAUUUUGAUGAUUUUGUCAGUGGUCCUAGUCAAAGUGCAGCAGCACACUUAUCUCAGUGCAUUUCUCUUACAAAUCAGCAGAUGCAAAGCACUACAGGACAGACUCAUCCUCAAGCUAGGCUAGAAAUGCCUGUUGUUGGGCCUUCUGGAUCAGGAGUAACCUCACAGCAUAGUCAGAAACCUUCAAUUCCUAGUGUGGAUAAAAUAAAGAGAAUGAAUCUUCCUAAAGUAGGAUUUUCUCCUGAACUUUCUCCUAGUACCAGUUUUGACCACACCUGUGAUGACGAAUUUGAUGAUUUCCAAAGUGCAGCUGUUUCUAGUGUGGCAUCGUUGUCCACACGUAUGAGCCAUAUGGGCCAGUCAGUUUUCCCAGUUGCACAUAGCCACAGUAGCCAGAAUGUUACUACGGCAUCAUCUGUUGAACCCUCUCAAGGUGCACCAAUGCUAUUGCAACCAGAGAAAACAGGUCAGUCAGAAGAUAAGUAUGCAGUUUUUAGAGAUUUGGAGGUUCCUUCAGAAGAAGAAUGUGGGCUUAAUCUUUCAGAGCCUUUGCCACAUAGUGCUGAAACUGCCGAUGAAAGUUUUGGAGACUUUUGUAGCAGUGAACCUGUUAGUCUAAUAGUCUCACAAUCUAGUUUUCCUCCUAUUCCAACUACGACUAGUGCAGGGCCUGGGACCAACAACACUUCACCUGUCAGCUUUGAGGUUUAUAGCACUCCACCAGAAAUGAUACCAGAGAGCAAUGUAGACAGUUAUUUUGAAGCUGAUUUUGGUGGUGCAUUUGCAGCAUCUACUCAGUCAGAUAAUUAUGCUGAUAUUCAUGAGGCAAUGAAACGUGCAGAAAUAGAACAGAAGAAGAAGGAAAUGAAUGACUGGAGUGAUCCAUUUGGAGAGUUUGAGGAAACUCCUAGCAUGCCAAUCAGCAGUACCUCAACAGGCUCGCUACCAGUUCCACAGCUGAGUAUUGGUGUAUGUGAUGAGGAAGAUGAAGACUUUGGGGAUUUCAUGGGUCCUGACACAGGUGGUGUUGAAUCUAUUGGUGUCUCUUGCACCCAUUCAUUCCCAAGCCUUGCAGAGAAUUUAGGAGAAACUCAAUCUGUAGCCAGUCUUGAACUUCCGGGCUUGGAGAUGACAGUUGGACUUCAGACAUCAGAAACUCGUGGGUCAGGGUCCAAUCAGUCUCCAGACCUCUUCAUGCAACCCCGGGGUGAUAUUGGUGCAGUUGAGGACCACCUACGCAGUCUGUCCUUAGAGUCUUCAACGGUAUUUGGAGAAACUUCUGAAAGUGGUGUGUUAACUAGUGGUGGCAUUGGAGGUGUACAGCCAACAGGGACCAGCUCAGUUAUGGACACUUUUGGCAGUGGCUUGGUGGACAAGUAUAGCAUCAUUAGAGAGGAGGCUAACAAGGUAUGGAAUAUAAUUUUUGUUAUUGUUUAUUGUACCUACAGAUCAGGUAUACACAUGAACAUUUGA